UAUUAAUUUUCUUGUAGUAAAAUUUUGAUAUUUUUAUGAUGUAUUACAGCAUUCAUACUGUAUAGUAUACAGUACUACAAUAUGUAUUACUGUCUUUAUCAUAGGGUUGCCAAGGCAAAAGGGCUGGAAUUAUUUGAAGUUCCCACUGGCUGGAAAUAUUUUGGAAACCUGAUGGAUGCUGGACGACUCUCCAUCUGUGGUGAGGAGAGCUUUGGAACAGGGAGCAACCACAUCCGAGAGACGGAUGGCAUAUGGUCAGCACUGGCAUGGGUGUCCAUUUCAGCUGCCCAUCAUCAGACAGUAGAAGAGAUCUUGCAAAAACACUGGAAAACGUAUGGCAGGAACUUCUUUACAAGGUACGACUAUGCAAAUUGUGACACUGCUUCUUGUACCAAGAUGAUGGCAGCUUUGGAAACCAUGUGUGAUGAUGGAUCUAUGGUGAAUAAACAGUUUUGUCAUCAGCAGAAGAAUAACUUCACUGUUACUUUCACUGUUGCCAAAAUGGAUGUCUUUGAUAACAAAGAUCCUAUUGAUGGCACUGUAACCAAAAAACAGGUUAGUUUCCUGUUGUACACUAUACAGAAGUACUUAGGUCUUUUCUUUCACCGAGAUGGUACGUAUAUUUGUGCUGAUACUCCCACACAUUUUUGGGGGGUUUAUAAUUUACGGAAUUUUCUCCGUAUGGUGACAAAAAAAUUUAAUAGUGAAGUAACAUUACAGGGUGUGCGUAUUCUGAUGACUGAGUCCCGAAUUGUGUUCCGACUGAGUGGUACGGGGAGCUCAUGUACCACAACAGUCCGUAUGUAUGUUGAAUGCUACGAGUCAGAUCCUGACAUGCUCAAAGAGGACACACAGGUGAGUUACCACUGAGUUUGUAAGUUGCAAAGGAGAAUGGUGUGAAAAGAUUUUGCAGGUAGGCAGGUAAUCUACUAUACUGAGGAACAUCAACCUUGCCUUUUACCAAUGUGUGUGCUCAAAAGUCCAAUACAUAAUGCCCAGUUCCCACUCUGUAAAAGAGGAUUGACGAUAGGAAGGGUGUCCAGCCAUAAAACUUGCCUGAUGACAACCUGGACACUACACCAUCAGGUAAUUACGGCUAACUCAGGCAAGCAUGGAAAAUGGUGAUGGCGAUAUUUUAAUGUUGGUGUAGGUUUGUAACCAAGCAGACAGGAUAAAAUUAAAUGCAAUUUGAGAAAAAAAUAAAUUGAAACAUGGCAAGAAAAGCUAUUAAAAAAAAAGAGAUAAAAAUUUCACUUUA